AUGGAAAUUCCGAUGGAAGUAUUGAAACAGUUUGCUGAACUUGGCGCUUUCGGGGCGCUAGUCCCACCAGAGUAUGAGGGCGUUGGUAUGAACAACAGCCAGAUGGCGAAGAUGGCUGAAAUUGUGGGGUCGCAUGAUCUUGCUCUUGGAGUGAUAAUGGGAGCUCAUCAAGUGGGUUUUAUCACAUUUUGCAGCAACUUGACAUCCGAUCUGCUCAAUGUCAUUGAUUGGAAAGAAUUCUACUUUAGUCGAUUGGCUAUAAAGGCAUCCUCCUAUUUGGUACUGAAGCACAGAAAGCGAAGUAUUUACCGGAUCUAG